AAUUUUAGCGGAGCGUUCUGGGGGGCAGAACAGGGAGCACUGGUGUGGGUUGGUGAGCUGAGCGGUCUGUACUGGGAGCACUGGCUGCCGAAGCCCAGCGCAGGAGCUGCACUGGAAGCCGUACCGGGAGCACUGGUCCGUGCCAGUUCCACCAUGGCACUGCCGCCCGCCGCGCUGCUCCCCGGGGUGCUGCUGGUGGCUGACGCGCUGGCACUGGUGUUACUGGGGCCGCUGGUGCCGGCCCUGGCGCCCAUGGGGGUGGCGGGCGUGUGGCUCGAGGCCGCCCUGCGCCUGCCCUUCCUGGCUGCAGCCCCCCGGCUCCUGACCCCGCACCGGCCCCCCGGAGCCACCGCGGCGGCCGUCACCGCCGCCGCCACCCCCGCGGCCUUCGGAACCCUCCGGAGCCUCCUGGGGCCGCCUGGGGCCGGGCCGGGGCUCUUGGCGGCUGCGGUGCCCGCCUGGCUCGGGGUCACCCACGCGGCCACUGCGCUGGCCCUGCUGGGCUGGGCCACGCCCCUGAUGCCCGGGAGCAUCCCUGAGGCCUCCCCCGGUGUCCCCAAGACCCCCGACGGUGUCCCCAGGGCUCCUGCUGCCUUCCGGAGGGUCCUGGCGCUGGCCUGGUCUGAGUGGAAAGUCCUUGGAGCCGCCUUCCUUUGCCUCGUGCUGGCGGCCACUGGGGAGACGGCGGGGCCGUACGUCACCGGGAAGGUGCUGGACGCCAUCAGGAACAGGGAUGGACUCACCGCUGGAGCUGUUGGAAUGGUGGUGGCCGCCGAAGCAGCCAGUGUCCUGUUCUCUGGGUGCCGUGGGUGGCUUUUCCUGCUGGCGGCAGCGCAUCUCCGGCAGAGCUUGCGCCUCCAGCUCUUCUCCCACCUGGUGCACCAGGACCUGGAUUUCUUCCAGGGAAUGCCGGCAGCCGAGCUCUCGGCACGGUUUUCCACGGAGGUGCCGCUGGUGUCCAUGGCAGUGCCAAGGGGAACCAACCUGCUGCUCCGCAGCCUGGGAAUGGCGCUGGUGGUGGGGAUGGCCAUGGUAUGGCUGGCACCGGGGCUGGCACUGCUGGCACUGCUGGAGCUGCCCCUCGGAAUCACCACCCGCCGCAUCCACAGUGCCCGGAAACAGGCACUGCAGCGAUCCAUGCUGGAAGCAUCCGCCCAGACGGCCUCAGGGGUCCAGGAAUCCGUCGCCGCCAUCGAGACGAUCCGGAUCUUCUCGGCAGAGGAGGAGGAGGAGGAGCGGCACAGGCAGAACCUGGACAAGGAGCUGAGGCUGAAGGAGCGGAUGGAGCUGGAGCUGGCAGGAUUCACCCUCAUCCAUAGGGUCCUUCGACUGGCCAUACGGGUCCUGGUGCUCUUCCGGAGCCACCAGCAGCUCCGUGAUGGAUCCAUCACUCCUGGGGUCCUUGUCACCUUCCUGCUGUACCGGGACACGGUUGGCAGCCAUGUCCAGGUGCUGCUCAUCGGCUUCAAUGAAUUCAUGACCAACAUGGCUGCUGGGCGGAAAAUCUGGGAAUACUUGGAUCAGGAACCCACGAGGGACACUGGGGGGACACUGGAGCCCUCCGAGCUACGGGGCGACAUCACCUUCCAGAGGGUCUGCUUCACAUAUCCCGGGCAUCCAGAGCGCCCUGUGCUGAAGGACGUGUCCUUCGAGGUGCGUUCCGGGGAGGUGACGGCACUGGCAGGGCCCAACGGGAGCGGGAAGAGCACAACCGUGGCACUGCUGGAGCGGCUGCGGGAUCCUGGGAGCGGGAAGGUGCUGCUGGAUGGGAUCCCACUGCAGGAAUAUGAACGCCAGUACCUACACCGGCAGGUGGUGCUGGUGGAGCAGGAUCCUCUCCUGUUUUCUGGAACGAUCCGUGAGAACGUUGUGCUGGGGCUGGAGUGCUGUGAGGAGUCAGAGCUGCGGGAGGCGGCCACUGCUGCCGGAGCCAUGGAGUUCAUUCAGGGGCUGGAGCAAGGCUGGGACACUGAGGUAGGGGAGCUCGGGGGGCGGUUGGCGGCAGGGGAGCGGUGUCGCCUGGCCCUGGCCCGGGCCCUGCUCCGGCGUCCGACUGUCCUCAUCCUCGACGAGGCGCUGGAUGAUGGAGACGAGGGGGCGGUGAGUGGGGUGGCAUGA